AUGGCCACCCAAAACGCGCAGAGCGAAGCGCUCGCCAACCUUCUCCAAACAGGAGAUUACUCUGAUCUCACGAUCACGUGUGGCAAAGAUCAGUACCGCGUUCACAAGGCGAUCAUCUGCCCGCGAUCGAACUUCUUCAAGGCCGCUUGCGAUGGGAAGUUCAAGGAAGCACAGACUGGCGAAAUCGACUUGCCCGACGACGAUCCGACUGCCGUGCGCAUGAUGAUUCAGUACUUGUAUCAUGACACGUAUGUUCCGCCUAAAGCGAUCAUUCACCGCGACCACAACGGCACUAUCGAUGCACAUCUCUCUGAAACCGAGUACAAUGACGAGCAAAAGAGGAAGAUGGAGCUCUAUGGGGCAACCUUCGUCGGCAACAAGAGGGUCAAGAGGCUCACAGCUCCGCCAGAGGUUCCAAUUACUCCCAUCUCUCAACCUGUGCCUGUUGGUUCUGGUACCGCCUCUACUCCUCCUCCUCCGCCAUCUGCCGCUUCCCAGGAACCAGGGAGAGGACGUGGCCGGAGCCGACGAGGACGUGGUUCCUUCGGAGGUGUCAACUCCCCCUCUGGCUACAAUGCCGUCCAAGCUUCGCCCGAUCAAUCAUCGCCAACCCCUAACUCAUUUCUUUUCGGAUCAUCUUCCCCAGCACCGACCCCGCCUCCCCCUCCGCAGCCGUCUGCUCCUCCACGACCCAUCUAUACCCCAAACCUGCAUCUCCACGCCAAAGUCUAUACCCUCGGCGAAAAGUACGGCAUACAACCCCUCAAGGCACUAGCUCUUCGCAAGUUCGAGACAGAGGCCCCAUUUCGUCUUCACACCGACGACUUCUUGGAAGCGAUUAGAGAAGCAUAUACCUCGACUAUUGAAACGGACCGUCCUCUCCGGGAUGCGGUGGUCGCGAUCUUGAGAAACAACAAGCAUCUCCUGAAGAAGGACUCUGUGAAGGCAGUUCUCAAGGAUCCUGGCCUGGGUUUGAGCUUUGAUAUGGUCAUGCAAUUUGCGUCGGAUUGA